AGCAAAUCAAAAUGCAGGCUCAGCCGGUUACCCUGCAGAGUCAGUUUCGGCCACAGGGAAUCUACAACCACCAGCUCGGGGGCGGUUCCGGUAUACCUCACAGCGCCGGAAGCAGCGCGAGCAACUCGCCGGAUCAUUACAACGAGAGGUUUUCGCCACCGACGCACCUGAUGGACCUCAGCAACGCUCCGGAGCACCGAGUGCUUCCGGGAUUUCAUUCCCACCCUCAGAUCUAUCAGCAGCAUCCUUACAUAGUCUACGAGUUCCAGGACCAACAGCAAAAGAUGCAGUCUUACGAGAGGGAAGCUCUUCACGCCCACGGCGAGUACGAAAGGCGGCUCGACGAUCAUUCGCCCGGAUUUUUAUCCGACCACAGCCACACCAGCAGGGACAACGAGCCCAGCUUCUACCUGACGCCGUCACCGCAGAUGUACUCCUCGGGCGAGGAGAUGACCUCGGCACCAACGGCGACGACCUACGUCGGUCACCAGGCCGAGUACAAGCCCGAGCCGACGGAGUACAAGCCUGAACUUGCCAAGUAUAAGCCGGAGCCGACGGAGGUAAAGCCGGACAUCGUCGCCACGGGAUCGCCGGAUGUUCAGCAAGGGUUCUUCGAGGGGGGGAGACCGCCGGCUACCGUUGCGAAGCGGAAGCGGAAGCUCAGCAUCGACAACUGCAGCGAGUCCGACGGGGACUCCCAGUCCUCCGGAGGAAAGCUUAAGGUGCGCAGGAAGAGCGGCGCUACCGUCGAAGAGAUACAGAACCAGAGGGUGAUGGCCAACCACAGGGAGAGACAGCGGACCCAGAACCUCAAUGAGGCCUUCGCCUCCCUUAGGCAGAUCAUACCCACAAUGCCCAGCGACAAGCUUAGCAAGAUUCAGACCCUGAAGCUCGCCACGCGAUACAUCGACUUCCUUUAUCAAGUGCUUCACUGCAGCGCCGAGAAUCGGGAGGGACUCGAGGACAACGGAGAACGGAGUCCCGGAAAAAUUGUACUCGGGGCCAGGAAGAUCAGCGCCUCUUUGUCGCGAAAUUAUACCGCACAGGACAAAUUGACGACCGCGUUUAAUAUGUGGAGAAUGGAGGGUGACUUGAACUUUAAUCUGUAAAAUCAUCGUCCUUCUCGAUGUGCGUGUUAAUCCGGAUUACUCUGGGAGCCAAUUAUUGU